CUUCAUCAUCCUUUCCUUCCGACCCCUCCUCCAUCCGAACUAGCAAAUUCUUAAACCCGCCCUUGAAGUCCCAGCAAGCUUUCUCACCCUCCGAGCAUCCUUAAGAUGAGCUCUGGCACGCUCCUGCGUGGCAGCUGCCACUGCCGCAGAAACCAGUACAGCGUCCAGAUUCCUGACGAUGCAUCCGAGCGUGCUCAGGUCCUGUUUGAUUCCACUACAGACAGCCUCGCUUCUGCUGCACCCCUCUCCGCUUUCCUCCGAGUCCCGCUAGAUUGGUACCACAGCCGGGUAUUCUCCUUCUUUCCUGACGAAUCCCCGUCCUUCGUCCGACGAGUCUAUACCCACCCGGCUGAACCCAGCUCGAUGAGACAGUUUUGCGGUAUCUGUGGCACGCCCCUGAGUUACUGGUCGGAGGAGCCUCGAACUGAAGCGGAUUUUAUUCAGUUGACGCUGGGUAGCCUCUUGACCGAGGACCUACGCGACCUAGAAGAGAUGGGCUUGGUUCCCAGUGAGCCCGAGCAGGACCCUAUUGACAUCGAGUCGGCCCCACCGUCUACCUCUAGCCAGCGGCCACAGUUGACCGGACAAGACACGGCCGGUAUAACUUGGUUCCAGGAUAUGAUUGCGGGCAGCCGUCUGGGAAAUAUGCAUAUUACGAAGGGUGUUCAUGAAAGCCGAGACCGGACGAUUCGCGUGGAGUAUGAAAUCACGGAGUGGGCAGAAGAGGACGAGACAGAGGUGGAGGAGGAGGCCCGGGGACAGGCCGGGGACUCAUCGGAGCCACCUGGGUCGCCUGCGAAAGCAAAGAGGAAGCGCGAGGGGGAGGAUGUUAGCAAUGAUGCUGCUGUUCGAGGCGCCGUCUAAGCUUCGCCGUCAUGGGCUCGCAACUUGCUUAGGUGCUUAUUAUUUGCUAGCAUCUUCAACCUACGGUUGUGAAGCAUCGGUGAGCAGAAAACGGUCUCACCGGGAACGGGGUGGGUGUGGUAUCCGUGGCUUUCAGGAUUUGCUUUUUCCCUGGGUUCGUUUUGCUAUCGACGGAUAGCACAUCGCGUUUUAUUUUGCCCCCUCGUUCUCUCCGAGAGAG